UUACCUUGUGAGAAGUUAUUAUUGAGAUCUAUUUUCUUUCAAUUAUUUAUCCUAUCUGUAAAUAAAGAUGUGAAUUUUUUUAUUGUCUUUGUGGAUACAACGUGAACAUUUGUCUUCCAGUUAUGAGUAUAUUUUGCUGCACAACUUAUAACUUUUUUUUUUCAGAUACACAAUGUCGGAGGAUAAUGAGAGUUUGUCAAGUGACGAGCAUAAUGAUGGAAAAUUGCGAAAAAUUAAAAAAAUGGCAGUUUCACAAUUUAGCAAUAUAAUGCUUGCCUCAAGUUUUUUGCAAAAUGAUUACUUUUCACGUUAUUUGAACAAAAGGCCCUGCAUGAAAGCAGAUAAAAGUGGAGACAGAUGGGUUCGGGAUUUACUUUGUGGUCAUCCUGUUAGGUUUCAUAACAUAUUUAGGAUGUCCCAAGUUAUAUUUACCGACUUGCUUUGCAAACUAGAAUCGCUUUAUGGAUUAUGUGGUUCGCAUAGAACAACCACUAGAGAAGUUCUUGGAAUAACUUUGUUUAUUUUGAGUCACAAUGAAUCCGUAAGAGCUACCGCAGAAAGAUUUCAGCAUUCUACAGAAACAAUAAGCAGAUAUUUCUCUUUAGGACUUCGAGCAUUGAUUAAUUUAGCAAUGGAUAUUAUUGUACCGGAAGAUAAGGAAUUUCUUGACAUCCCUGUACAUAUUAGAAACGAUACUAGGUACAUGCCAUAUUUUAAGGACUGCAUUGGGGCAAUUGAUGGAACUCAUGUUGAUGCUCGUAUUCCUGUUGAAGAUCAAAUUCCGUAUAUAGGGCGACAUCAUUCACCUACACAAAAUGUGAUGGCAGUCUGUGAUUUUAAUAUGUGUUUUACAUUUGUGGCAGCAGGGUGGGAAGAUUCAGCUCAUGAUGCUCGUAUCUUUAAACAUGUUCUAAGGAGUCCGCAAUACAGUUUUCCUGUACCGCCAUCAGGUAAAUUUUAUUUAGUUGAUGCUGGAUACCCACUACAACGAGGUUUUCUUAAGCCAUAUCCAGAGACGCGAUAUCAUAUACCAGAUUUCCGACGAGGAAUUCGAACUACUACAGGCCAUCGGGAGGUCUUCAAUAGGAGGCAUUCCUCGUUAAGAAGUGUAAUAGAAAGGGCAUUUGGCGUAUGGAAAAAGAAAUGGAGAAUUCUCCGAGAUAUGCCGAACUAUUAUUUCAAAAAACAACGGCUUAUUGUAGUGGCUACAAUGGCACUACAUAACUACAUAAGAAGGCAUCAGUCAAGAAGUGAUCCAGAAUUCGAUGAAUGUGAUGCUGAUGAAAAUUUUGUUCAUUCCGAGGCACGUGAGUUCCGAGUCGAAGAAGAAGUUGAACCCUUAGGAAAUACGAAUUGUUCUGUAGAGUUGGUUGAUGGCGAAGGUGCAAAGGAUAUGGCUGAAGUUAGGGAGGCAAUUGCAAUGCAAUUGUACAGUUGUAACAGGUAUUACAUUAACCUUAAAGUUUAUUUAUUUAUAAAUAUUAUAUAAAUAAAUAUUAGUAAAGAUAGUAUAAAUAUAAAAGUAAAUGAUUGAUGAUGUACUUAAAAUAUGUUUUUUUUUUUUUAUUUCAGGUAUCCUGAUGAAAAUUGAGAUUCAUCAAAUAUGAAUUGCUCCAAAGUAAAGCAUGAGAUGACAAUAGUUUUGUUUUGUUGUUGGUAGAUUUUUUUUUUCAUGUACUUUGACUUAUUUAUUUGACUUUACAUGUAAUGAAUUUAGUGUUUAAAUGAUACAAGUUGUUAGGUUUAAGGAGUGAUUUCUUAAAAUUUAUAUUUUGAAGCAGUAAUAUAUAUCAUGUCGGUAGGCAGUGCUAUGUCUAUUAUAAAUAAAGGA